UGCAGCCUUGCCAAGGGUCGCAAAUCUGCUGGCAAAGAAUUCAACUCUUGUCUUUGUCAAUACAUUACCCUCCUUAUUAAAUUUGAGCCUACUGGACAAAUUUGGCAGGAUCGAAAUUUGCACACUGUUUGCUAACCCCAAUCUACAUCCCACGUCUUGCUAGUCCCACGCCAUGUCUAAACAUCGCAUGAAGAAUGUGAGCUAUGACGAAGAUGAUCUCGACGAUGAAUACGAUUCCCUAGACCCAGAGCAGGAGGAAUAUCUCGAGGAGUGUACAACAGAGGUAUCGAACAAGUUACGCUCGGGAGAACCAUCUGUUAUGGCGACGAGAGCGGAGGUGCAGGAGGCCUUGUGGCAUUACUAUAAUGACGUGGAGAAGUCUGUGAAUUAUUUGAGAAAUAAGAAGAUGAAGGAAAUAAAAAAGAAGCAGAGUGCUCCUCCCCCGGCACCGAAAGUGCAGAAACGAACUACUGUGUCACCAUUUCCUAUUCCCCCGACCUCAAUGCGAUCAUGUACUGCCCACUUUUCGGCGGCCGAGUUCUUUCACGACUCUCCGUGGCUCAAGAUACCUUCGCAUCGAAGGGCAGAUAUCAUUGUAGAGCCUUUAUACCCUCGACUCGGUCUCCUGGGCGGUGCUCCUGAAUCUAGUGGGAAGACAUCCAAGUUAGCUGCUUUGGCUGCUGCGCGCAAGAAGAAGGAAGGCGUGAAAGUGAAAGCUGCGACGGCGGCGCCUUCUGCUGAUUCCACAGUGACUGAUCAGGCAGAGACAUCUUCAGCCGAACGCAAAGGCACACCAUUGUCAUUAAUGGAGAGGCUGUCCUCUUCCGGCAAGCAGCAAAGGCCUACUGAACCUGCAAGUGGAUUGCGUGCUCUUGGAAAGGGGACUCGAUCAAGGGCUCCUGCAAUCCAGAAGCAGCCAUCCCCGGACGCAAACAAUCCGCCGAAGAAGCAUGAUGAGCCGCGAUUGGAAGAACAACGACUCAAAAAGAUGGAUAGCGAGAAGGAACUGCCAAAACCCGACAUCCGCGCGAAACCAUCUCCUUUCGCCACGAUCAUCAUCGGGGGAGCAACGCGCCCUAUGAAAACCGAGUCCAGCCACUUGCACUCACAAAAUGUUGAUCUAAUGCAGGUCUACGGACAAGAUCUUACUGAAGCCUUUGAUUUUGCAGGUCCUAGCCCAGAUGAUGUCAUUCUAAACGCUCAAAGUUCAGCUAAAGGCUUCAAAUCGAAGCAGCUGGCCCCGAAAACAGCGGCAGACAAAAAAGCCCAGUCCGAAUUAGCAGAUGGAGUGAAGAAUUUGACUGUUGAAGAGAAGGUGAAUGUCAAGGGUAAAAAUCUUGACGUGUUAUCGGAGUACAAGAAAUCUAAACGAAAGAAUGCUGCAAAUUUUGUCGUCAUCGGACACGUUGAUGCUGGAAAGAGUACACUUAUGGGUCGCUUGUUGACGGAUCUGAAAGCUGUGGAUCAAAGAACUCUUGAAAAAUACCGUCGGGAAGCGGAGAAUAUAGGGAAAGGAUCCUUUGCUUACGCUUGGGUGUUGGAUCAAAGCGCCGAGGAGAGGGCUCGGGGUGUCACUAUCGAUAUUGCAUCGAACAAGUUUGAAACGGAAAAGACUGCCUUCACUAUUGUGGAUGCACCUGGACAUCGGGACUUUGUGCCCAAUAUGAUCGCUGGUGCUAGCCAGGCAGACUUUGCUGUGCUCGUUAUCGAUUCUGGUGUUGGCAAUUUUGAAGCUGGCUUGAAAGGCCAAACUAAGGAGCAUACUUUGUUGGUACGAAGCAUGGGGGUCCAAAAGAUCAUUGUGGCCGUCAAUAAGAUGGAUCUUGUCCAGUGGGGUAAGGAUCGUUUUGAAGAGAUCGAGCAGCAGAUAUCUUCGUUUUUGACCAGCGCCGGAUUUCAAGCGAAGAACAUCUCGUUCAUCCCUUGCUCAGGGUUCCGGGGAGAUAACAUCACUAGACGGAGUGAGGAUCCUCUCGCAUCGUGGUAUACGGGUCCGACUCUCAUUGAAGAGCUGGAGACGUCCGAACCUCACACUUAUGCCUUGGAUAAACCACUGCGCAUGACGAUCGGCAAUGUCUUCCGAGGUGGCGUACAGAACCCUCUCUCGAUCUCAGGACGGAUAGAAGCCGGCAGCCUACAAGUUGGUGACCAGAUUUUUACGAUGCCUAGCGGAGAAACGGCCACCAUUAGAAGUCUGGAAGUAGAUGAAGAAGCAAGCGACUGGGCCGUAGCGGGCCAGAACGUCGUUCUGAAUCUUGUCAAUAUCGACCCUGUGCAUCUUCGGUCUGGCGAUGUCAUCUGCAGCCCUUCGUCACCUGUCCAGAACAUCACUCAGUUCACGGCUAAGGUGCUCGCAUUCGAACACCUGAUGCCUAUGCCUCUUGACAUUCAUCGUGGACGACUCCAUGUGCCCGGACGGAUCAGUCGACUCAUCGCGGCGUUGGACAAAGGUUCUGGGACAGUGAUUAAGAAAAAGCCCAAGAUAAUAGCUCCCGGUACUGUAGCCCGGAUCGUUGUUGAGAUGGACCAGGCUGUCCCCUUGGAGGCACCCACGCGGAUAGUUCUCCGUGCUGGUGGAGAGACGGUUGCUGCAGGGCUGCUGGAGUGAACAUGUCGAGUUCUCUUAGACAUUGUAUGUACAGCGCUUCGUAGACACCGGAAACGAGUUCAGAAAGAUUGGGAAGGUCAGGAAGGAGGAAUGAAUUACGUGCCACGGUAUCGCCUACCAUAUCCGUUGCAUAUGUGCCAUUAACCGGCACACUACGGGGCAUUUGAAGGAGUCUUGCCACGGCUGUAGUGAAGGCCUUGGCAUGGGGGUCUAACCGUAAACAGGCAGAGUAUAUAGAGCUUCUUCCAAGGGAAUAGAUUCAUAGACAUCUGGCAGGCUGAAUAAGGCUUGUCCCAAACAGGAAAUGGUUCGAGGCCACGUGGUUUUUCUACUUUGCCCGAUUCUAGCAAGUUCGACAGUGGCGCUGUGAUGUGAUUGGUCCC